AUGGAAAAAAUAUCAGAAUUGCGACAUAAAAUUCUUGAAUUGAAUUAUCGAAUCAAUCUGAAAUUUUGGAAGAACAAUUUAAUCUUUCUUCUCAUUGUCAUCAAUCACAUUGCGAUUACUUUCUUGUAUUUGAUCUACGGUUACUCGAGUUAUGCUGAUUUUUCUGGCACCGACAUGACGGAAUUUUUCAUUCUCAUGAUUCGAUCAAAUUUUUAUUGGGCAUUUGUUUAUCGAAACAGCGACAAAAUUAAAUUGUUCGCAUCUAAAAUAAUUUCCGAUAGGAAAACAUUCUCGAACAAUGAAAGAAUCAUAAAAAUAUGUCGAAACUACGAAAGAAGUGAAAAUUAUGUUUUAUUAGCUUUUAUUAUAAGCGGAACAUUAUCAGCUUUAAUGGCGAUAGUUAUGACAUUUUUCACGAAAUUCAAUAACUUUCAUUUACCAAUGAAUUUUUACAUAUUUUUCUUACCUCUUAACGAAAGUUCCAUUAAUUGGUGGAUAAAUUACUUUUAUCAAGCUAACGUCAUAGCAUUUGGAUCAAUCUUAGCUAAUAUUUACUUUCCUUUGACUCUUUGGCUUAUAAAUCAUUCGUCUUGGGGUCAUGAAGUUUUAAUUAGUUGCAUGAAAGAAUUUCAUGAAGUGGUUGAAAGGAAAUCUACCUCAAACGAUGUGGAAAUUGAUCAUAAACUUAAUGAUGUUGUCAAACAAAGUUAUUUGGUUCUUUAUGAUCAUGAAGAAAUUCGUCAAUUUCUAAAAUUUAAUUUUUUGAUUGAAUUUUCCUUACUGGCGAUCAUGUUUUGUAUGUCAAUCUACACAAUCACGACAAGCGCAUUUGUUUCAUCUUUCAUAUUCACUUCAAUGUUGUAUCCAAUUGCUCAAGUUUAUAUUUAUUGCGCAAUUUCAAGUAAAGUCAUGACUCAAGUCGACAAACUUGUAGAUGUCAUAUAUGAAACAUCUUGGUACACUUUGAACACAAAUCAAAGGAAAGCUCUACAACUGAUGCUUUGCAAGUUUCAAAACUUUAAGGGAUUUAAUGGAAUAUUUAUCAAAGUUGACAUGGAUGCAUUUCAAAAGCUUAUGAUUGAUAUCGUUAGCGAAAGGGAGACUAAGUAUGAUUAA